AUGGCCUCCCAAGCGGAGUGGCUCAAGUGGGUGCCGCAGACGCGCUUCAUGGUCGAUGGCUUCAAUUUCCAGAACCCGGCGUGCCAGCACUACUUCCUCACGCACUGCCACUCGGACCACACCACGGGCCUCACGCGCUCCUUCACCUCGGGACACAUCUUCUGCAGUCCCGUCUCGGCGCGGCUGCUGGUCGAGGAGCAAGGCAUCGCAGCUGCACGCAUCCGCCCGAUGGCGGUCGGCCGCAGCUACGACGUCGACGGCGUGCGCGUCACGCCCAUCGACGCCAACCACUGCCCCGGGGCGGUGCUCUUUCUGUUCCAAGUGCCCCGCCGCCCACGCGCGACGCCCGCGCACGGACAGCGCGCGUGCCCGCCCGCAGACGCCAUGCAGGCCGUGCUGCGCGCGGGGGGUGGCGGCAGCGUGCCGCCGCCGCUGUGGCAGUCGACGCGCGGCGACGACGACGGCGACGCGUUCUUCAACGUGCUCCACACGGGAGACUUCCGGUGGACGCGGCGCAUGGCGGCUCCGCCGCUGCUCGGGCUGCGCGUGGACGUGCUGAUGCUCGACACGACGUACGCGGGCCCGAAACACGUGUUCCCCGGCCAGGAGGAGACGGUGGAUUCGAUCGUGCGGCUGAUGCGCGAGGAGGAGGCGGCGAACCCGGGGGAGACGCUGUUCGUGGUGGGGUCGUACCACAUCGGGAAGGAGCGGGCGUACCUCGGGGCGGCGCGGGCGCUGGGGUGGCGGGUGUAUUGCUCGGCGAACAAGCGGCGCACGCUCUCGCGGCUGGACCUGGGGCCGGAUCUGGACCGCAUCCUGACGGAGGACCCGCGCGAGGCGCGCAUCCACGUCGACUGGAUGGGCCAGAUCCGGGCGCCGCUGCUCAAGUCGCGGAUGGAGGCGGGGGGCUACAAGGCCGUCGUCGGCGUUCGGCCCACAGGGUGGUCCUUCCGCCCAAACGCGGUCGGGCCGUCGCGGUCGCGGUCGUACAACGGCCGCGUGGUCGUGUACGGCGUGCCCUACAGCGAGCACUCGUCGUGGCCGGAGCUGCGGGACUGCAUCGCGACGCUGAAGCCGUUGAAAAUCAUACCCACAGUUGGCGCGAGGACCCAGGCGGACGCGCGCAGGGUGGUGGAGCGGUUCGCGGGCCUGCCCGGGGUGCCCGAGAACAAGGCGAGCCUCGCGGCGUUCGGUUUCACCAAGGUCGGGGCGGGAGGGAAGACCGGGGAGCGACCGGUUGCGCGGCGCGCGGCGAGUCCGGUACGCAACGUUGCGGGGUGCGCGGAGGACGGCAAAGGGGGGGGUGUGGACCUCACGUCGAUCGAUGUGGGCGAGCAGGUAGCGAUACUAGCGGAGAUACAGCGGGCGGCGAGGGACGACGCCGGGGGCGGCGCCCUGAGGAAGCGUGCGCGCGUUGAGGACGGAGCAGGGGCAGGCGCGAGCGUGGGGCGGGGGCGGGCGGGGAUCGCUGCGUACUUCAAGCGCGUGUGA